AUGACUCCUCUCCCUCUCUCUCUCUCUCCCCCUCUCUCGCACCCCUUCUCUCUCUCCCCUCUCUCCCCCUCUCUCCCAACCCUUCUCUCUCCCCCCCUCUCUCUCUCUCCUUCUCUCCCCUUCUCUCUCCCCCUCUCUCCCCCCCUUCUCUCUCUCCCCUCUCCCCCCUCUCUCUCUCUCUCUUUGAUUUUUGUUUCUUUUAGCUCCCCUAGGAAAUAUUCCUUUUCUUCAUUUACUGUCUGGAUCAUAUUAGUUUUUUGUUUUGAAGGCUACAGUGAAAUGAUUCCUUUUCCUGCAUUUCUUUCGUACGUGGCUGAUACUACGGUAUUAGAAUACUCUCUCUCUCUCUCUCUCUCUCUCUCUCUCUCUCUCUCUCUCUCUCUCUUAGACAUCCCCCUCCUUCUUCCUCUCUCUCUCUUUCUUAUUCCCCCUCUCUUUCUUCCUCUCUCUCUCUCACACAUUUCUCUUUUCUCUCUCUCUCUUACUCUCUCACCCUCUUUUUCCUUUUUAUUCUCCCUCUUUCUUUCUCUCCCUUUUUCUCUUUUUUCUCUCACUCACUCUCCCCUCCUUCUUUCUCUCUCUCUCACUUUCUUACUCUCCCUCUCUUUCUUUCUCUCUCUUUCUCUGUUCAUCAUCCUUAUCCUACUUCCCUUUCUUAUCUCAUGGAAUAACACAUUUUUAAUUACAGGCAAAAUAUCGAAAUGA